CGCCCCGCCCCGCGCGCGCCAUGGCGCUGUCCCUGCCCGGGGAGCCCGAGGAGCCGUCACUGCACUCCCGGCAGCAGCUGCAGGAGUCCCUCCCGUCGGGCCCCGCCGAGCCCCGAUCGCCCCCUGAGGAGUCCCUCCCGUCGGACCCCGCCGAGCCCCGUUCGGCCCCGCCAGAGUCCCAUCUGAUCGCGGCCCUGAGCCCGGGGCGGCAGCUCCGGGUGCUGCUGACGCCGCUGCCCGCGGCGGCCUGGCCGCGGCCCCAGAAGCGGCUGCUGAGCCCCGCGGGGACCCCCGCCCCGGCCGGCAAGAAGUCGUGCCCGGAACCCGGCACCGGCCCCAGAGCAGYCCCCGGGUCCCCGCCUGGCCCCAGCUCGGCUGCCCGCGGCCCUGACGGGYUGUGGGAUGCAGACAGCGACGGCAGCGACGCGGGAGAAGUGGCACCGGAUGGAUACUCCGACCUAUCAGCUUAUGAAAGGAAAAGACUAAAGAACAUUACAGAAAAUGCUAAAUUCUUUGCUGCUCUAAAGUUGCAUGAGUCAGCUGCAAGACUUAAACAAAUUGCAACUAAAAGGAAAUUUCAUGUCACCAAAAGUCGCAAGCCUAAAAAGGUGGAGGAUGAAACACUCCCGCGRCGAUCCAGGCGCCUGCUCAGAGUGGAGCCAUUGGACAUUCCAUUGCUGGAGACGCCUGCCCGGCCAGCAGCAGAGGAAUAUGCGAGCUGGCCUCAGGCUCCAGUUGGACCUUUUCCCAUGGUUCCAGAGGAUCAGGCAAAGGACAGUAAAUGGACAGAGGCCAUACUUAGCACGUGGAUGAGAAUAAGUGAGGUGAAAGUGGAUGAUGCUGACAGGGUCACACCUGACAUAAAGAGGUACCAGCGGAGCUUGAGCAGCAUGGUGCUGAGUGAGGAGAACAUCAGGAAGGUGGUGAAAUCCCGAGUGUGUUCUAUGGCCAUCCACCCUUCCGAAAGCACCAUCCUUGUGGCAGCUGGAGAUGUGUAUGGGCACGUUGGCCUCUGGAAUGUGAGCUGCGGGUCUGAGGAUGGAGCCCACAUCUUCUUCCCUCACAGCUUCCAGGUCAACUGCAUGCACUUUUCUCCCUGCAAUCCUGCUCAUUUGCUGUCCCUCAGCAAAGACACUCUGCGCUGUGGUGAUGUCACCAGGGCUGUCUUUGAUGAGAUCUGCAGGAGUGAGGAAGACUACUCCUGCUUCGAUUUCCUUGAAGAGAAUGCCUCCACUACCAUAAUAUCCCACUGGGAUGGGCAUGUGGCUGUUGUGGACAGAAGGACCCCGAGGAUGUCCUCGGAGCUYUCUGCAGACAUUGGCUUCAAGAGGACACGGACAGUCCACGUGCACCCUGUGAAGAAACAGUAUUUCAUGGCUGCUGGCUCACUGGAUGUUUGUGUUUUUGACAUUCGGUACCUGAAGGCCGAGGGGAACAAACCCGUGAGCUCUCUCACAGGACACAAGAGAAGCGUGGCCUCAGCCUACUUCUCACCUGUCACUGGGAGCAGGGUGGUGACAGUGUGUGCUGAUGACAAGCUGAGGGUCUACGACACCACAUCCUUGUCAUCGACUGUCACAUUGUUCAGUACCAUCAGACACAACUCCAACACAGGCCGCUGGCUGAGCCGCUUCAGGGCCAUCUGGGACCCAAAGCAGGAGCACUGCUUCCUGGUAGGCAGCUUGGCACAGCCCAGGAAGAUCCAGGUCUUCCAGGACACUGGGAAGUUGCUGCACUCCUUCURCAACACGGUCUGCCUCACCUCUGURUGCUCCAUUAACGUCGUGCACCCCAGCCAGAACAUCCURGUGGGGGGCAACUCCAGUGGCCGCCUUCAUGUGUUCAAAUAGAAGGGCCUUAGAUCUGUUUUUUUUAACUUUCUGCAUUGACUUUGUUUAUUCCGUAUUAAGCAGUUUUGAAGCUGACUGUUGUUUCUCAGGACACAAAUGUACUUUAGAAAGUCUUAAAAUAAAUUGUUUAA